GUUGUUUGUUGUUGUUUGUUGUUUCCCGCCAUUUUGCAAAAUUCAGUUCAAGUUACAUUAUAUUUUUUGAGUCUCUAUGCAGUUAUUUCUCCAAAAUGUCCUCUCAGAAAGAAACAUGGCAAACAACAAGACCAACCAUUAGAUCAAGAAGCAAAUUUAUGUUCAACAAUGAGCUUCUGAGUGAUAUUUCCUUUGUCGUUCCAGUGCAAUUGGACGAGAAUGAAAACAAGAAAUGCAAGAAGGCGAUUCCCGCUCAUAAGUUCGUACUGGCGAUAAGUAGCCCAGUAUUCUUUGCCAUGUUCUUUGGCGAUCUUGCGGAGAAGUCAAACUCUAUCACGCUCCCUGACUGCGAGUACGAGAGUUUGCUAGAACUUUUUCGCUUUAUGUAUUGCGACGAGGUAAAAUUGAAUGAAGACAAUGUUAUGCAAGUCCUGUAUUUGGCCAAGAAGUAUAUCUUGCCUUCGCUUGUUGAUAGAUGCUCUGAGUAUCUGGAAGAAAUCUUAAAUACUUCUAAUGUGUUUUGCGUGAUGACUCACGCUCAAGGCUAUGGAGAGAAAAGUCUGGUGAAAGAGUGCUGGAAAGUGAUCGAUAAACAUGCAGAAGAGGCGGUGAAAAUGGAAGGAUUCUUCACAAUAAAAAGGCCUUUGCUUGAAGAACUAGUCAAGAGAGAUUCAUUAAACAUUAAAGAAGUGGAUUUAUUCAAAGCGGUCGAUGGCUGGGCAACAAAAGAAUGCCAGCGAUUGGGAUUAAUGCCUGGUGGUAGAGCAAAAAGAUCAGUCCUUGGAGAAAAGAUUGUCAAAGCAAUUCGUUUUCCUGUCAUGACACGGGAUGACUUUGAUAAAGCUGUUCUUGAUUGUAGAAUAUUAACAAUACAAGAAGCUUUUACUAUGGAGGCGCAUUACAACUCAGUUUCAACCUCGCCAAUUGAAUUCUUAAAAGUUAAAAGGAGUGGUCUGCGUCAGAGAUGUUGCCGAUUCAGCUCUGUUGUGCUGGAAACUGGGAACCUUCCUUAUCGCUCAUACCAUCAAGACUGCCUGUACUUUGCAGUGGACAGGGAAGUUGUCUUGCAUGGAGUCUCUAUGUUUGGAAGCCAAAGUCGGAAAUACCAGGUGACGGUAACGCUCAGAGAUUCCACUGAUGGUUCCAUUAUGGCUACCAAAACAGGGAAAUGCUCUUCUGUGUUCAUGGAAUUAACGGAAGGAUCAGGUACUUUUUAUGGCUUCGACAUAAUAUUUGACGACCCUCUGUUUCUAAAGAAAGGCGUGUUGUAUUAUGUGAAAGCUGCGAUGUCUGGGCCAAUCAUUUGGCAUGGAAGUAGUGGUGUCAAUUCCAUUCAGUGUCCUGGUGUUAAAUUUAGCUUCAAAAACCACAAGAAGAAUUUGAAAACCAGUAUUAGAGAAGGACAGUUCCCUCACUUUCUAUUCAGCUUAGAAUAAGUAGAAUUGCAGCCUACCAAUGAGGAGUUACUGUUAGGGCUAAUAACAUGCAUGUACACAUGUAGGUUUAAAGCAGGGCUAAAACUUAACUCCAGUGUGCAGUGGCCAGCCAGACCAGUAUCCUUGAUCUCUAAGUGGCCCAGGACCAAAUCAAGUGGCCCUGGAAUUUCUGUUGUUGAAUUUACCUGAAUAUUCGUCUUCUGGCCUUUUACUGUUUUGAAAUGUUCACACUCUUUUGUUAGAAUCAUAAAUCAGUGUUGGAAAUUAGCCCUCGGCUGCUUGCCAAUGCAAGUGUGGAAAGCGUCAGGCAAUUACAGAUCAUUGAUCACUUGCCCGUUUGGGGAGUACCAUUUUCAUUUUUGGUUUAAGCUUAAAUAUUUAUACCACUCCUUUUUGUUUUACAUUUUGGCAACAAUAUCUCUAAACAAAAACAUACCAGUGCUUUUUUUCCUACCUGUUUUAUCUUUCAAGAUGCCCAAAUAAUUUGGCAAUAACACACAGUAUAGUGUUUCAUAAAUAGACGAAAUGAAAAACGGCUACCUCUGAUAAUUUACAAUACACGUAUAUGAAGUGAUACUGUUGGUCUCUAUUUGAGGCGGCAGUAAUUAGUACAUGAGAAUUAAAGAUUCGCUUGCUAAGAAAUGUAUCUCACGAGGAUACAUCUUGAAAUAGAAACUGCUUUGAAAAUUAAAGUGCCUCUGUUGUAGUCAUCUUUUGGUUUAGGUAGUUAGUAGAAUUUUUUAUUGAAGGGAAAACAUCAGUCUUCUACAGGCCAACAAGCUGUUCACUCCUAUGUCUCGAUUCCAUGGAUAUAUGUGAAUUUGGUAACGCCAGUUAUUUGUUAAACUGUUUUUACAGAAAUGUGGAAAAAUUUCCAAGAAGUGUCAAAAACUGAUGAUAAAAACGAGGAUAAAACAGUAAAAUCAGUCCCCAAUCCUAACAAGGGGUCUCCUAAAUGGAGCAGAAAAAGAAAGGACAACGCAAAAUAGCAAACCGGGCCUCUGUAAUUACAAGAUACCAAAAAAAUUUAUGGUUUGUGAAUCAUUGUGAAUAUUUUUUUGUGGGGGGCAUUCUUCUGGGUGAGUGAAAAUUACACAGGGCCAGUGGAUUUUGAGAAUUACUCACCUGAAUGGCAAGUGCCGUCAAAAUUUAGUUUCCAACACUGAUAAUUUCGGUUAACUUCCUAAACAUCUUUCUUAUUCUUUGGUUGUUCGGUCAGCAGUAACUCAGUAUCCUGACUACCAGAGAAAUCUUCACUUUUGUCAUAAUUUAAUUAAAUUAUCCAAAACUGUUGUGGAGGUGAUAACACAUGCGACGAAAACACACUGCACAGUACUCUGGAUGAGUCUGGAGUCACAUGGCAAAUGGUGUCUCAAUAAGUAUGGAUUGGCUUGGAAUUGUUUAUGGAUUUAAUCCACCUGGAAUUUUCCACUAACUAAACAUUCAGUAAAGUUGAUGAAAUUAGAGUUGGUGGAAAGAAAAGAAAGUUAAACUACUAAUUAUUUUAUUUGUAUUUUAACUUCGUACUUUGCAAUACCUUGUGCUGAAUAUUUGUAAUUUUUGUAUUGUAGUCACAUAUUAUGUGAUUAAAACUCUAGUUUUGGUCGCCCUUUUAGGUUUUUAGUCACCACUGGCAAGCUGGCAACUGUCACAUUUUAGCCCUGGUUAAGCAAGUCUGAGGGAAAGUGCUCAAGGAGAGUAAACCAUUAUUUAGUUAACCAAAAUUACUAUGACUCCCCUCCCUCAAAGAAAAUCCUCGAAGAAUCAUUUGCAUCUCAAAAUGUAUUCACCUUAAAUCCAAACCCCUCCCAUUUAAAUGCUAUUUCUUAUUGCUGAACUCAUCUCCCCUCCCCUCCCCCCAAACAAAGCAGAAAAGUUUCCUCACCCCUCCACUCCAAGAAUCCCCCUCACCUCACACUCACUUUUAUCCCUGAGCAACCCUUUAUAAAGGUGAAUGAAUCAAUCAAGGUACAUGUACAAGUUUGUUAUAUCAUUGACUAUUGUUUAUUUAAGGUUACAUUGUUUUCCCAGGUUCUGUUUGCUUGAAGCUAGUUUAUCAAAGUCUCAUUUAAUCUGUUGCUCAAAGUUUGUUUUUGAGUUUGUAAAAUUAAGUGUUCUGCGAUUGUCCAGAAAUUAUUAUAAAAUUAUAUGAAAAUAUUUUCAGAUUUAUCAAAAUCAAUAAAGACACUAUGACAAAAGUUUGCAAGUUAUUUUUAAAGUUACAAAUUAACAUACAUGUAAUUGUAUACUGAAAACAGAUGGGAAAUGAAGAGUGUCAUUUUGAUGUUAUGAUAAAAAAUAAUAUUUUAUAUGUUUACCCUCUUCACUUGCUGAUAAAGUUAGUUUAGGUUCCUGUGAAGACUGAGGAAAUUAAAAAAUUGUCACACUAUUAAAUAGUUGACUUGUAUUGUUAUGCAAUAAAGUUAUAAUAAUU